AACGCAGGUGGGGCGUUGAGUGAGUUUGUUGAAAUCCUACUCUUACCUUUGUCUCUCUCUCUCUAUCUCUCUCAACAAAAUGAGUUCCCAAGGAAAUGAUCCAAUUUCUUGUUUCCUCAACUUGCCUCAAGCACUCAACAGCUUUCAAAACCACUGCUCUGCCCUUCUCCACAACCUUUCCAACCCACUUCCGCUUAAAACCCAACUUCAAUCUACCUUCUCCACCCUUCUAAACCCUAAACCCAACCCUCCACUUCACUCCACAAUUUCACCCUCUGAUUCCGUUCCUAAGAAAAGCCCCCUUUGGGCUCGUCUUCCUGAAACUGCCAAAACCCAAUUCACCCUCCCUUCUGCCCCUUCUUCUCUCUCCUUGUCAACGGAAGCCAUUGAAAAGCGCUUAGCUGGCAUUCCUGUUUAUGCUCUUAGCAAUGCUUCUGAGGAAUUCGUCUUGGUUUCUGGUGCUUCCGCUCAAAAAUCUCUCGGCUUAUUUUGCUUUAAGAAGGACGAUGCAGAAACACUUCUUCAACAUAUUGGAACCAUGGAUCCUUCAGCGCGCUACGGCUCCAAAGUGGUGCCUGUUGCUUUGAAUAAAGUUUUUCAGCUUAAUGUCAAUGGGGUGGCCUUCAGGUUAAUUCCAGAAUGCUCUCAGGUGAAAAAUGCUCUGACUGAAAGAAAGAAGGCUGGCAUUUCUGCUGAUGGAUUUUCUGGGGUUCCUGUUUUCCAGGGUUUCUCAUCUAAAGGAAUUGUUCACCAAAGUGGGGUUGUCAAGCAAAAGAACCGUCACCUUUUGAAAGUUGCAUGUUUUCUUAUGUUUUCUACUUCCCUUCCUAUCUAUGGGGCAAUGUUGUUCUCACUGCAACUCAUCUCAUCAACCGAAUGCAUUCCCGUGUUCUACACCUCUAGACACCCUUAGACUGUCUCAAGGAAUCCUAACCCACCACCAGUCUCAUCUCUAAUGUUUCCCUUCGGGUGUUUGGGUGCACAACCUAUGUUCAUAAUCAUGGCCCUAACCAAACUGAAUUCUCUUCUUGGGCACAAGCUUGCAUGUUUGUUGGGUACCCUCUGCAUCAACGGGGCUACAAAUGUUUCCAUCCAUCUUUACGUAAGUAUUUUGUUACCAUGGAUGUCACCUAUCUUGAGGAUCUUCCUCUCUUUCUUGUUAACCUACUUCAGGGAGAGAGUGUGAGUGAAGAGUCUAACUAUGUGGUUCCUUUGGAGUCUACCUGUCUUACUGGGGUUAUCUUGCAUGACCCAAAUCCCCACAAUACAGUUCUACCUACAAAUCAAGAUCCUUGAAAAAUCUACUAUAGGAGGAAUCUCAUAAAGGAAGUUAGGUCGGUUUCGGUCCAAGAUUCUGAACUUUUAUGAGAUCAAGGUAUGACUGAUUCUAUCGACUCACUUAUUAAUACAAGAUCAGUGAGAAUGACAGGUCGGAGAAGGAGUCCAUUAGCUUACAUACUGACAGCAAGGUGGGUUAGAAUGACAGGUUUGAGAUAGCUGUCCCUGAAAAUAUAGUCGAAAAGGGCAGUGUUGAUGAAGUCAUCACAGACAGAGAUGACAGGACUGAUGAAAAUGAGGUCAUUAUAGAAUCUAUUGAAAACGAAACUAAGCUAGACCAUCUAGGAAACAUCAGUAAGUAUGAUCCAUCCCUUAACUUCCUAUUGUCUGAGGAAAGGUACCAAGUCCUGUACAAAGUACUUCAUCUCUAAUUACGUUUCAUUAGAGAACCUUUCACCCCAGUUCGAAGCCUUCAUUGCCAACCUUGCCUUAGAGUCCCCUUAGGAAUAGUGGACUUGGGUCAUGUUGAAAGCCCAAGGGUUGUUGAGAUUUUCUUUGCCCUAAUUUUUUUUACUGUUUUAAUUAGGCUCAUGUUGCCAGUGUUUUUAAAGGCUCAAGGUGUACUAAGGUGCAAUGGUCAUCUGGAGCCUAGGCGCAAGGUGCACAAAAAGGCGUGGGCUAUUUUUCAGAAGGCGCACUAUAUAUAAAAAGAAAAUGUAUAUACACAUACACAUAUGUUGAGUAGAGCAACAAUGUAUAAAAUAUAAGUAUAUUAUCAAGGUGGAAUUGAGACUUAACUCUAAUGUAUAAAAUAUUAUAAAAUUAGUUUUCUACCAAAAAAAACAAAACACAAGAGAAAACUACUCUUUGAAAUGUAUAAAAUAUCCUUUGAAGCAUAAGUAGAAAGGGAGCGGAAGAGGUAGAUGAAGACGUACAUUGAAGAAAAGCCGUGCAAGAGAAGAAGUCAUUUUUUAACGUUCAUGUAAUAGUUUUUUUUUUUUUUUUUGACAAGAAACUUUCAUGUAAUAGGUUUAGAAAACCUAUAUAAUAUAUAUACUUUUAAUUAAAUCCUAGCCCAUUAGUUGUAAAAAAGCCCACGCUUAAUGUGACUUGAGCCUAGGCGCGCCUCAAGGAAGGCGCGCGUCUAAGCUGGGCUUUAGUGAAAAUGCCUCGCUUCUUCACAAAUAAGCCCCAUCUGCGCGACUUGAGCCUAGGCGUGCGCCUUUUAAAACACUGCAUGUUGUCUAUAAAUAUUUCUUCUUUGUACCUUUAUUAUCAUCAGAAAAUAAUAAGAAACAUCUAUACCAUGGUUUUUCUCA